AUGGGCCGCAAGUACGAGCCACUGGCGAAUGGCGCCGAGGAUGGCGGCGACGAUUGUGCUGCCUCGCUGCGCCUCGAGGCGGCAAAGACGCUGGAAAGACGCGCGAAGCGUUUCAUGUACACGGGUGCCGUGGCACUCAUCAUCUCGCUGUUUGCGCUCAUGGGCGCAGCGGUGGUGCGAAGGCCGUCGAUGCUCGAGUGCGAUAAGAUGGUAUCGCCAUGGUCUUCGUUAUGGCCGGCCGUCGAGCACACCGAGGGCGACUUGAUCAAUUACUUUAACCAUUCGUCGAUAUACAGAGGGCCUCCAACACUAGAGCGCGAGACGGCUUGGAAUUCUCUGUGGUACCACCACGCAAUGCCCGUCAGCAAAGAGGGCAUCUAUGCCCUCAACAAAACUAACCCGGACCUAUACCUCGAAGUCAUUGGUAGCGAUCCCGAGGAGCCCACCUACGGAGCCAUUGCCGAAGUUUUUCACCAACUUCAUUGCCUGAACCUCAUCCGCCAGCAUAGCUGGCCCAUCGAGCAGUUCUCCAAGGACUGGGGCGAGCUGUACCCCGACUUCCUCUGGGACAACCCCGUGCUCGGCCGCAUGCACGUCGACCACUGCUUCGAGGCCCUGCGCCUGUCGCUCAUGUGCUAUGCGGACAUUACGCCCGUACUCAACGAGCACGUGGACAACCCCGACUUUGACCGCAAGGCCGACUUCAACACGCACCACAAGUGUCGUGAUUUCCAGCGCAUUGCCGAUUACGUCGAGGAAAUGGGCUACGAUAUCCCGCCGCCGGCCGUGCUCAAGGAUGGGGGCGGCCAUGCGCAUGGGGAGAGGCGCUUCGUGACGCCGGUGAAGCCGAGGGGGAGAAAGUGA